AUGAAAGCCGGUGGUGGAGUGGUGUUUGUAGUUCCACGCGCCGCCUUGAUUCCCGAAGCUCUCUUCAGGCGCCGACGAAUCUCUAUCCGGUGCUACUCUUCAUCUUUUCCUGCCUCACGGCCGCCGGAGCAUUUGAAUCAUCUUCUUAAAGUGCUUCAGCUUAGAGGCGAACAAAUUAUUUCUCCUGGAGCCAAGCAAGGGUUGCUUCCUCUUGUUGUCCCUCCAUCCAAGAAUAAUUCAGGUUCAGUAACUGCAUUGUUAAGAUGGCCAACUGCUUCCACUGGGAUGGAGAUGUCCGUAGUAGAGGUUCGCAAGUAUGGAGUGUGGCUUUUAUCUAAGAAUGUGGGCUUGUUUCCAGACAUACUAGAACGCAAAGUUAAGCAGCAUUUUGACAAAGGAGACCAUGUUUCAGCUAUGGUGACCGGGGAAUUCUACACUAAGAGGGAGCACUUUCCGGGAUUUGGGCGUCCCUUUGUCUUCAACGCAGAAGUUUUGUUGAAGGUUGGACGAAAUGGAGAAGCCAAAGAUUCUGCGAGGGUGGCUUUGAAAUCACCUUGGUGGACAUUCGGAUGUGAGUAUCAAGAAGUUGCUGGUAUGGCUCAAUGGGAGGACGAACAAAUUGAGUUCAUUAAAGAGAAAGUGACUGAUGAGGGAAGGCAAGAAGAUUUGAAAAAAGAAAAAGAACCUGCGCAGAUUUCACUGGACGAAGCUAUUUUUUUAUUGGAUUUAGCUUCUGUUGAAGGGACAUGGGAUGCAUGCGUAGAGAAGGUUGCUGGCUGUUUCUGCGAGGCUGGACUUCAUGAUAUUGCAAAAUUUGUUCUUUACCGAGACUAA